AUCACGUCACGUACGCACAGCGCGAAAAGAGAGGGGCUCGUCCACGCGCAGGAGCUUCACAUGUCAACACUGCGGGUUUUCCUUCAGUAAGCAACAAACAUGUCAAAAAUAGACAAGAUGAGCAUCCUUGGGGUGCGGAGCUUUGGGAUAGAGGACAAAGACAAACAAGUCAUCUCUUUCGUUGGUCCUCUGACUGUGCUGGUCGGGCCCAAUGGAGCGGGGAAAACGACAAUUAUUGAAUGUCUAAAAUAUGCGACCGCCGGUGAACUUCCUCCAGGAUCAAAAGGAGGUGCUUUUGUCCAUGAUCCAAAGGAUGCCCAUGAGACUGACGUGAAAGCUCAGAUCCGCCUUUUAUUCACCGACGUCAACGGAGAGAAAGUGACCAUCCAGCGCUCCAUGUCCUGCACCCAGAAGGCCAAAAACUACUCAUUUAAAAGUCUAGAACAGGUCAUCACCCGAAAUAAGAAUGGAGAGAAGGUGAGCUUGUCGUCCAAAUGCGGUGAACUGGAUAGAGAGAUGAUUUCAGCACUGGGUGUGUCCAAGCCUGUGUUAAACCAUGUGAUCUUCUGCCAUCAAGAAGAGUCCAACUGGCCCCUGAGUGAGGGCAAGGCACUGAAGGACAAGUUUGACUCCAUCUUUGCAGCAACCAAGUACAUUAAGGCUCUGGAAACCAUGCGUCAGCAGCGUCUCAAACAGAGCCAGACGGUGAAGGAGUGCCAGGUGGAGCUGCGUUACCUGAAGCUGAACAAAGAGAAGGCUCAGCAGAUCCGCGAGACUGUGGCCACCAAGGAGGCGCAGCUCAUGGCCUCCAAAGACAGUGUGCAGAACAUCGAGAGCAAGAUCGACCCCCUGGAGAAUCGCCUGAUGGAUAUCGAUAUGAAGCUCGGCAAAGUGAUGAAGCUGGACAAUGACAUUAAAGCCUUGGAAAGCAGAAAGAAGCAGAUGGAGGAUGACAACAGAGACUUGGAGGAGACCAUGGAGCAGGUGUUCCAGGGCUCAGAUGAGCAGUUGCAAGACCUGUACCAGAACCACCAAAAGACGGUGAAGGAGAAGGAGCGCAGGCUGACAGAGUGUCAGAGAGACCUGGAAAGGGCGGGACGCGAGUGUCAGAGGCUCAACCGCGUCAAAGCUGAUAUGCUGGUAGAGCAAGGUCGUCUCCAGCUCGAGGCCGACCGUCAUUCUCAGAACAUAAAAAAUCGUGACUCCCAGGUGCGCUCUCUCUCCUCUUUCCUGGAGCUGGAAGGAUACGACCGGACCCCGUUCACUAAAAUGCAGCUGGAGAGUUUUCAUCGUCAGGUUUCUCAGAGACUGGAACAGGAGAAACAGACACUUGGUAAAACUCUGGCCGACCUGCAGGAGAAGGAGCACCAGAAGCAGCAGUCCAUAGAUGAAAUGCGUGAUAAAAAGACGGGUCUGGAGAGGACCGUGGAGCUGAAGAGGGACCUUCAGACCAAGAAACAGCAGGAGCUCAGGAACAUCAAGGCCGAGCUGCAGAGACUGGAGGGCUCGUCCGGUCGUCUGCAUGAGCUGGAGACUGAACUGUCCAAAGUCGAACGUGAGUUACAGAGCACCCUGCAGAACUCCAACGUGGACGAGUUGAAGACGGAGGUUUUGGAUCUGCAGAGGGAAAAGGCGGAGCUGGACCGGACUCAGAGACACCUGGAUCAGGAGAUGGAGACUCUGAACACUCACACGACUGCACGCACUCAGAUGGACAUGCUCAAGAAGGACAAGAUUGAGAAAGAAGAGCAGGUCAGAAAAAUCAAGUCUCGUCACAGUGAAGAUUUGGUGACUCUGCUCGGACAUUUCCCAAACAAGAGAGAGUUGGAGGACUGGAUCUACAGCAAGUCCAAGGAGAUCAACAGCACCAGGGACAGGCUGGCCAAGCUCAAUAAGGACUUGGCGUCCAGUGAGCAGAACAAGACCCACAUCGGAGCUGAGCUGCGUAAAAAGGAGCAGGAGCUGUCCAGUGGCGAGGAGAAGUUUUUUAACGUCUGUGGGAGUCAGGAGCUGGAGUCUGACCUGAGUAAAGUGCAGGACGAUCUGGAGAAGAUUUCAAAACAAAGAGCCAUGUUAGCUGGAGCCACGGCAGUGUACACCCAGUUCAUCAGUCAGCUGACGGAGGAGCGAGAGCCGUGCUGUCCUGUGUGCCAGCGCACCUUUCCCUCCGAGUCCGACCUCCAGGAUGUGAUCAGCGACAUGCAGUCCAAGCUCCGGCUGGUCCCCGACAAACUCAAGAACACAGAGCAGGAUCUGAAGAGGAAGGAGAGGAAGAAAGAAGAGAUGAUGUCUCUCAGACCUGUCAGGGACUCCAUAGCUCGUCUGCAGGAGAAGGAGCUGCCGGAGCUGAGGAACAGACUGCAGGCCGUGAACAGGGACCUCGAGAGGCUCAAGGAGGAAGUAGAGACUCAGGAGACGCUGCUCGGGACGCUCAUGUCCGAAGAGGAGACGGCCAAAGCCUGUCUGCCGGACAUCUCCCUCAUGGACCGAUACUUGAUGGACCUCAAAGAAGUUGAGAGGAAAAUAGCUCAACAGGCAAAUAAACUGCAGGGAGUGGACCUGACCAGGACCAUUCAGCAAGUCAGUCAGGAGAAACAGGAGACGCAGCACAAACUGGACACCACCUCCAGUAAGAUCGAUCUGAAGCGUAAACUGAUCCAGGACCAGCAGGACGAGAUCCAGAGGCUGAGGAGCUCUGUAAACGAGACCAGAGCUGAGAAGCUGCAGCUCAGCAGUGACAUGCAGAGGCAGCAGCAGCUCGAGGAGCAGUGUGUAGAGUUCACUGCUGACAUCAAGGCUCUCAGCAGAGACAUCACGGACGCCAAAGACCAGCUGUCUCCUCUGUCAGCAACACUGGACAAACUGCAGCAGGAGAAACAGGAGAUUUUGGAGCGUAAGAGGCAGAAACAAGAGGAGGGCCAAGAGAAGCUAAAUGCCAUUAAAGAGAGAGUGAAGGUGGUUAGUACGUUGGAGAGGGAGAUCAGCAAAUACACUGAAGAGGGAAAAGAUGAUUACAAAGAGCAAAAAGAAUUAGAGCUUCAAGAAACCAGCCAACAGCUUCAUGAAGCAGACAAACAGAAAGAGAAAAUCACUAAGGACAUUGGCAACAUCCGACAGGACAUAGACACUCAAAAGGUGCAGGAGCGCUGGCUGCAGGACAACCUCACCCUGAGAAAACGAGUUGAGGAACUGAAGGAGGUCGAGGCCAAACGAGAGGCUCUGCUCAAAGACAUAGGCAACAUGCACGUUCUGCAGCUCAGACAAGAGCGUCGUGAUCUAGAGCGAAAACUGGAGGACCUGAAGAAGAAUCGCAGUAUUGCUCUAGGUCGUCAGAGAGGAUUUGAGGAGGAGAUACUACAUUAUAGGAAAGAGCUGCGUGAAGACCAGUAUGACAAAGCCGAAGAGCGCUACAAAAACAAGAUGAUUGUGAUGAGGACCACUGAGCUCGUCAUCAAAGACCUGGACCUGUACUACAAGGCCCUCGACCAAACAAUCAUGAAGUUUCACAGCAUGAAGAUGGACGAGAUCAAUAAGAUCAUCCGGGACCUGUGGCGCAGCACUUACAGGGGCCAAGACAUCGAGUAUGUGGAGAUCCGGUCUGACAUGGAUGAAAACUCCUCUGCUGGAGUCAAGCGCAGGGUUUACAAUUAUAGAGUGGUGAUGGUGAAAGGAGACACAACUUUGGACAUGAGGGGGCGCUGCAGUGCUGGUCAGAAGGUGCUGGCGUCGCUCAUCAUUCGCCUCGCUCUGGCUGAAACCUUCUGUCUGAACUGUGGAAUUCUGGCCUUGGAUGAACCCACCACAAACCUGGACCGAGAAAACAUCGAGUCCCUGGCCCACGCCCUCGUCGAAAUCAUCAAGAGCCGGUCUCGUCAGCGAAACUUCCAGCUGCUGAUCAUCACUCACGACGAGGACUUUGUGGAGCUGUUGGGUCGUUCCAGCUACAUCGAACAUUUUUACAGAAUCCGCAAAAACCAGUACCAAAACUCUGAGAUCACCAAGUGCAGCAUCUCCUCACUGUCCUCCUAUCUACACUGAAAACUGUGCCUUUUGACGAGUUAAAAACAAACAUUUAAACAUGUAGGAGUGUGUACAAAUCGCAUGCUAACUAAAAGGGUAAUUACUGAUGGAAGCGGGACAUCUUUCAAUCUGGUUUAUUUUAUUUUAACAUUAAUAUUAAUCCUAAAACGGUGUGAAGACUGUAUAUUACCAGAAAACAUGAUCAGUAUGUUCUUGGUAAUUAAUAAUAUCCGCUGUAUCUCUGUUUCUAUACAUUUCAAAUCCAUUACACUACUAAAGAGGAGAACUAGUUUUAUAUUUUGAACAGUGCUCAUUUGUAAAAAAAAAACAAAACAAAAACAGAAUCUCAUUACAAUGAUCCACAAAAAUCCUGUUGUUUUCUUAUUAAAAAAAAAAAAAGUUAAAAGGUUUGUGACGCCAAUAGUUUCUGAAACUUUAGUACUCUGUUUGCAGGAAUGCUUUGACUCUGCCUUGAAAAACAAAGAAACAUAAUAAAUAUUUAUACUGUAUACUAGAUAUAAAUGUGUAAUGAUUAAAAAGUAAACGGCC